AUAUUUUUAAAAAAUUUGCAUGGACCCAACACCAUAGGCAGAAGUCUAAAAGGAGGAGAAAAAACCAAACUAGAGCAGAGGAGAGAACAGAAAGAGAGAGCCUAAACAAAAGUAACAGCAAGUUCAAUACGUCGUAAAGGGAGAGGAAGGUAAGGAAUUUGAUUUGAUGCAUUGUAGGUGCUGCAACUGAACCAAAGAAUGAGACCUAAGAAUAGAAGGGAGAAUAGGGAGAGAAGCAAUAAAAGAAGAAACAAAGAGAGGAGAGAAAGCGCCCUGAAUUUGAUUGGGAUAAGACCAAGAUCACUCUUGAAAGUAAAGUACCAGAAUUGCCUGCUCAUCCUCCUUAAAAGCCAAGCAAAGAUGAUCAUUACAAAUAGUUGGAUAAGAUCGACGAAGACAUCAGAAAGCAAUGGAAUCAUUUCGUAAGUGUUUAUUGUUAACAUCUUAGAAUGAAUUUGUUAAAAAUGUUAAGGAACAAUAAAAUUUGGCUAGACUAGGCAAUCAAGAGAAGUUCUAAACCGAAGUCAAGCCAUUAGGAUAAGUGAUUGGAGAAAAGAUUAAAUUAGUCAAUGAGAAAUCCUCAGAAUUGAAGAAAAUGAAGGGUGAGAAUGAUGAAAUCAAAGAUCAAAUCAACAAACUCUUUAAUUAAUCUUAAGAAUACAGAUAAAAGAUGAAGAGUUUAGAUGAUCCAGACAGAAUUAUUGAUGAAUUGGCUAGAUUGAAGGAAUCACUCUAAUAAGAUAAGUUGAGUGCAAAUGAAGAAAAGAGAAUUGUACAAUAAAUAGGUGCUUUGGAAAGAUCACUUCCAUACAUCGAACCAUUGUAAAAGUUGGAGAAGGAAUAGAAAGUUCUUAGAACUAAAUCAGCAGCUAUUGGAAAGGCUAUGAAUGCUCUUUAUUAAAGCAUUCAAGAGUUGAAUGGAGAAAUUAACUAAUACAAGUCUGAUUAUGAGAAGUUGAAGGACAGUACAAAGGGCUCAGUUGUGACAAAAGAAAAUCCUCUUAUAGACAAGGAAAAACAAAUCAUUGAAACCAAAGUUUAGGAAUUGAAAGACAGAAAGGAAAAAUUAAAGAAGGACUACAACAAUGCUUGGGAUAAAUAUGAAGAUUUUGAGGAUUUGUAAAGAUACAGAGAGUGGUUCUUAAAACAAAUCAACAGAAUCAAGAAAGAUUCAGAGAGAAAGAAAAGAGAAGAAGAAAGAAAGAAAAGAGAAGAAGCCAGAGCAAAAAGAGAAGCUGACAGAGAAGCAGAAGAAAAGGCAGAAGCAGAAGCCAAGGCUAAAGAAUUAGAAAAUGUCAAUCCAUUCUAAUAUUAAGUUGGUAUCUAUGAUUUCUAAACUUUUUAAUAGAUCUUUGCGAUACAUUGAUCACCUAUUUGAAUAAACUUAAACCCACUGCUGCCUAAUAACAAGCCCAAUAAUAAAAAUAAAUAGAUAUUGAAUAAGUUUUAAAGAGUGACGAUUGGAAGAAAGAGAAAUGCACUGUCAUUAAAAAGGAAGCUGAAGACAAUCUCUAUAACUUUAGUCAAUUGAAAUCCAAAAAGAAGAAUAAGGUAUAUAUUCUAUAUUUAAAUUUAGCAACCACAAUAAUAAAAGGAAACUAAAGAAGAGAAAAAAGAUGAAAAACCAAGCAUCUUGUAACAUGAUUUGUAAACUCUCUAAUUCUUCGAUACAGUUAAAGUGGCAACUCCAUUCUACAUCACUGAGCUUGAUAAUGUUAUCAAGAGCAUCUAAGAGCGUAAGGAGUAUUAUUUGAACCGGGAACACUGGGGCAAAAAAGAAGAAUAAGAGACACAUACAGAAGUAUCCCAUAUUUUAAAUAUCUUUUAGGAAUCAAAAGCCAAGAAAUAAUAGAAGGCCUAGAACUAAGAUGAGUUCCCAGCCUUAUAAUGAAGUGCGUAUAUAUAUAUUACAUAAAUGGUACAUAUCUAAU